CGACUCUCCGUACUAAAGAACACCUGCCUCUCUCUGCUUUUAUUCGCUCAUCUUUUUCUUCACGCCAAAACAUAGAGCAGACAGAUGAAUAUACACGGCAAAAUAUUGAGUCUGGUCACUGGACUGCACGCUUUUGUGUAGGACUUUAAACAACAUGGGUAUUUGUGAUAUUCCUGCAGUAUGGCAUCAUCAUUUCAUCACUGUGCAUUUGUCUCCGAAACACGAAUCGGUCGCUGCUAUGGGCAGAAAGAAAUAACGGGAUCUGGCCAUCGACUUCAUCUUUUCAUGUGGAUAUUACGCACGUUUUGAGCAAAGUGUUUGUUUUUACAAAGUUAACACAUUAAUGGCUGAACUGACAGUUCAUUCUAAAUAGACAGUCAGCCGGAGUGAAAACAACAAAGAUGCAUCCCUUAUAGAAGAGGGUCUUGGUUUGCAAAGGAUCAAGGUGAUAUCGGUAAAGUGCAGUCCAGAGGAGAGGCGCCGUUGACCGGAUGCGUGUAGCGGAGCGUGCCGCGUGGCUUUGACCAUGAGCCGGCUGAUGUUGGGCCGGACCCUGGAGCGGAUCUGCAAGGCUGUGCUGUUGCUCUGUCUGGUCCACUUCGUCAUAAUGAUGAUCCUCUACUUUGAUGUCUACAGCCAGCGUUUCGACAUCUUCAGCCGCUUCAACAACGGCCGUGGAGCUAACGGCUCAAGAGGACCCCACCACUACUAUUAUAAUUUCUCCAGGUCCAACACCACCUUUGCCAACUACGUGGCUACAGCCGAUCAUCUUCUGCCCAGUGCCAAACCAGAGGCAAAGCAGGCACCGCCCACACCUAAGCCGUUACCACCAUGUCCAGAGAUACCCCAUGGUUUAGUGGGGCGUCUUCUCAUCGAAUUCAGCACCCCGAUAACCCUGGAGCGGGUACAGAGAGAAAACCCUAAUGUGACAGAAGGGGGCAAAUACACACCUCCAGACUGCCGGCCCAAACAGAAAGUGGCCAUCAUCAUUCCAUUCAGACACAGAGACAACCACCUGAAGUACUGGCUUCACUACGUGCAUCCAAUCCUGCGCCGACAAAAGAUCGACUACGGCAUCUUCAUCAUCAACCAGCUUGGGGAGGACACCUUCAACCGGGCCAAGCUUCUUAAUGUUGGAUACACAGAGGCUGUGAAGGACGCAGAAUACGACUGCUUUAUUUUCAGCGAUGUGGAUCUGAUUCCCAUGGACGACCGGAACCUCUACCACUGUUACGACCAGCCCCGCCAUUUUGCCAUUGCCAUGGACAAAUUCGGCUUUAGGCUGCCCUAUGCUGGCUACUUUGGAGGGGUGUCCGGCCUUAGCAAAAAACAAUUCCUUAAAAUCAACGGCUUCCCAAAUGAAUACUGGGGCUGGGGAGGUGAAGAUGAUGAUAUUUACAACAGAAUCACACUAAAUGGGAUGAAAGUGUCUCGGCCUGAUGUGAGAAUCGGCCGCUACAGAAUGAUCAAGCAUGAGAGAGACAAACACAAUGAACCGAACCCCCAGAGAUUCACUAAAAUCCAGAACACCAAGAACACGAUGAGGAAAGAUGGGAUCAGCUCGCUGAUGUACAGGGUGGUGUCCGUGAAGAAAUACCCACUUUAUACCAACAUAUCUGUGGAGAUCGGCAAGCCCCCUCCAAGACCAAUGAAAGGACAGAGAGGCAACGGGUUUUAACCAGUUCAGCAGCACACAGACAAACCCACGAACUCAACUUCCUAUGAAUACAGCACUGGUAUGCUGAACAGGUUAGUUCUCAGGAAUACAUUGGGCCUUGAUGCGGAUACGUCAUCUGGGCACACAGUGUCUGGAGAAGAAAGAAACAUCAUCACCGUACUCCAAUGGCUGUUUUGUGUCAGACCAUAAGGAUACAAGCUCAAAGCUGUUGAUGGCUUUAAUGGAAAGAUUGUUCGGUUCUGGAUUUGGUGAUAUGUGAAGGUUCACCAACAAUGAAGAGCCUGGUCACUUUAUGUAAAUCAGUCAGAACAUGUACAUUUCAAAAGCGAAUGUGUCUUUGUACCUGCACAUACGGCAGUGUUCAAAUCUUUUCUUUUUAUCUCAGAUUUUAAUGGAUCGUGUGAGGUUGACAAAUCGGUGCUUGAAGUUGGAUCCUUAGAUUAUCUCGUUUUCUUUUUAUUUUAUAUCUUUUUUCCAGUUGCGUUUCUCUCGUGGGACUUUGAUCAAAGCUGAAUGUUGUGCGCCAAGAAUAUACACAGGCAUUUUCAUGAAGGAAACCCUAAUUGAGAUGUAAAGAACUCGGGUCUGGACAAAGCCCUACAAGCACAUGACUGUGUGGGUCAACUUGGUGGGAAUGGAUCGCCGCAGUCGUCGAGUUGCCAUGGAAACGUGCGGAGAAAUAGCAAGAACUUUAGCUGGAAGAUAGAGGAGCAUCUGUACUGAUGAACCUCUGUAACUAUCACCACCUGCUUAAAGAACUACAGACUAUCAUUUCUUUAUUGUUUACUUAUGUUUGCCUCAAACAUUCAUAUUUAGAUCGGUUGUAUUCCAAGGCUUUUUGAAAACUUGAAGGAUGCUGUUGUUGAUCACAUACUGUAAUUCUCAAUGUUCAAAUUAGUAUUUAGAUAAGAGGAUAAUCUACAGUACAGAGGUGAGAUUUAAAUGAUGUUCAUACUCUACUGAAUGAUCUAUCUGAUCUCAUUUGAGAUGCUUUUGAUUUGAAUAUUUUGCAAUCUUUUGUAAAUGAAAAUUCUGUCAUUAUUUUCUCACCCUCGUGACAUCUUAAACCCUUGUGCUUGUUAAAUACAAAAGUAACAUCAGACUCGCAACAGUUCAUAGUGACCACAACAGUCAAGCGCAAAACAGGACAAAGGUGCUUCAAUAAAGUAGUUCGCAUAUUUUGUACAGUCUCUUGAACUUACACUAGAUUUGUGUGAGGACAGAGCAAAAUAUUUUAACCAGACUGCUUUAAACCUUUGUUCUGGUUCUCGGAGCUUGACCUUAGUGUUCACUUACAUCAAAAAUGAGAUAAAUGUAUUUAGCAAAUGCUCUCAGUAUGUAUUAUGUGGUUAUCAGUUUGCUUCUAAUUCACUUAUACCAUUCAGAAAUACUGCUUUGUUGGCAGAAUCCACUAAAUGCCAUGUCGAUUUUUCAGCAAAGUCCUCUAAACGCACCGUUACGAAACAAUCGUUUAAACAAAUUUGAAAGUGACAAGCUUGUCAAGCUCUUGCGUAAGGUCUACGCUGUAGGUGAUCCGUAGCCAAUGCGUAGGCUGACGUGCAUCUCGACAAAUUUUUAACAGCAUUUUUACAUUUUGACUUUUAUUAUAUUUGCAUCCAGCCUGAUCUCACGAGAAUUUGUACAUAUUUUACGAGUUGGCUAAUUCAUAUGAAUCAAUUUGAAGUUAAUCGUGCAAAAAGUUCGAUUUUCAUGAAAAUAACAAUAACGAAACCCUAACCUAACCCCAACGUCACAGGGGUCAAGGCAAAUUGUACAAAAAUCUAUGAAUGUGGUCAUAUAAAUUAAUACGAAUUAGCCAACUCGUAAAAUAUUAACUGUCAUAUGUUUACUGUCUUGCCCAAAGUAGUGGAUUUUUUAGAAGUGGAGGUUUUUCCAAAAAAGCUUUCAUGCGCUUGGAGAGAUUUGCAGCAAAAAAACAGUAAAAUGUGUUAAUUACCAAUAAAAUGACUAAUUAAAGUGAAAUUUGGGAAAAUAAUGACUAAUAACUGCCAAUAAAGUGAAAAUACUGAACCUAAAGAUAAGAGUCUGAUAAAAAUGCUCAUUAAAACAUGUCAGACACAUUAAGAGGAGUUUGCCUCUGAACUCUUCAUUUGUAUUUUAUUCCACCGAAAAAUAAUAAUCAUACAGGUUUGAAACAACAAAAGGGUGAGAAUAAUGACAGAAAUAUUUUUUUGGAUGGUACACUAUUCCUCUAAAGUUUCUAUUUUGUCAUUUGUCUUGCUUCCUUAUAUUUUUUUUAGUUUAAUGCCUGAAAACACCGAGCCGAUGCCUUCAGAUGUUUUAAAAGAGGCACGCAUGUGUUCAGAGUUAAAGCUGUUCUUUCUCUCAUAUUUUGGAAAUAUGUGUGGAUGGUUGUUUUGUGCUAUUAAUGAUUAGUUAAGUCCAGAAGUCAUUAUUGACUUCUUUUCAGUCAUUAAUGAAAGCCCAGCCACUCUCUGUCCUUUCAAAAAGCCUUUUUUCUUAUUAAGCACACAUUUUCUUAAUGUUUUUCCUUCUGCCUUUUUACUUUCAGCCUUACCGACCCAUUGUAUUUCUGUGCGUGUAUUUGCACACUAGUCGUGUUGUCUUAACUGCUGACCCAAGCUGGAGAUGUUGCGUCUCCGACAUUGCUUUUCUUCAUAAGGUUUUAAGUGCUUCGUCAUCCACUGUCUCAUGUGUGCUGCGACCUGUCACAUUGUCCCAGUCUGUGAAAACCCGAUAGUCAGUUUCUGGUGAUUUACUGUUUUCUAUUCAGUAUAAAAUCAUCUUGCAUAAUGUAUGUGGAAAACAAGCUCGAUAUCUUUAAUAAUGACUACGGUCAUGUCAGAGAUUGAAAAAAUAGAUUAUGAGACUUUAGCUUGGAUUUCACAGACAGGGUGACAACUAUAUAUUCACCAUCAGGCAAAAUCACAUGCUUGACUUUUAAUAUCUACCGCGCAUUAUUUUGAUUUUCCUUUUUCUAUUUGCCUUUUAAGAUGCAGUAUAGUCCCAUUUCGACUUGUUCUUCACCGAUGAAUUCUUUGAGCACAAUCCUCUUUGUGCACAUGGUCAGGUUUUUUCCAGAAAUAUUUAUUGAUAACAUUCAUAAAUAUUUCUUCUAGCUCCUCGACUCGCAUUUCGAAUGCUGCGUUACAGAAUGCAGUGAAUGUCGAGCCUUCAACUCGCGAAUGAGAUUUCAAGUCAAUCCUCAAAUUAAAAAGACAUUCAGCUCAUCCCAGAAUGUCUUUGCAAAUGAGGAUUCAGUUUCAGUCGGUGUGAAAUGAGAUUAUUUAUUUUUAGAGUUCUUGUAUCAAGGCGCAUAUUGAGUUUGAAGGAGAAAAAAUGUCAUAUCAUUUGCAUUUACCUCAGUUUGCAAAAUGGAAAUGCACUCCAUGAUUUAUAUGGUACGAGUGGAUGUAUAUGAACACAUUAAUUUCUGUUUCGGUGGCCUAUUUUGGUACAAAUUGUUGCAUGCAACUAGUCAAGCCUCACACGGCAUGUGAUAUAACGUGUUCCCAUUUAGAUUUGUUUAUACCUCUCCAUUGAAAUGAUUCUAGUGAGACCAUGUAUUGGAAUGCUGUGAAUUCUGUAUCUGCGGUGAAUUAGAUACUUACUAGUUAUGUUUUGAAAGUUUGGUCAUAUAAUUAAGAAUUUUUUUCCUCUUUCCUCUCAAUGCCUUCUUAAAUGUAGCGUAUGCUUACUUCCAUCUGCCAUUGUUAUUAUUUUCUUUGUUCCAUCUAUGAAAGCUGUACGACGACUCUCAUUGCCAGUUUAGUAAAGCACAAACAUAAAUAUUUACUGCUUGCUUCAGCAAAUUGGGUUGCAAAAUCGCACUGACUCCACAAUGAAAAUUGCUUUAUUUUAAAGUUUUUUUGAUUGUUUUUAUCUCAUCCUUGGGUCAGCAAACCCUCCCACCCUUAAUUAAACUCGCACACACAAACAAAUUUGCGUAUGUAAUGUCUUUGCCCCCUUACUUUUUUCCAUCGUCAUGUUACCCCUCUUAAAGCACCUCAUCUGAGAGGGGCAAAGGUAGUCAAAUAUUUCACACUACACAAUGAAAUGAACCACUACUGACAGCUUCGGGUCUUCGAGCCUGGGGCAAAUUUUUAAAGACUUGCCGUGUCUAUCGAGGUUUUUGUACAUUGAAUGUCAAAAAUGCUAUAUCUUAUAUAGAAUGCAUUAUGUCAUAUCAAACAUACUUUUUGUAUACAAUCAAUAAAUCUGAUGCUACAAGAAUCUCAUUUGUAUU